CGCAGAAGACAACAUUUGUAAUUAAAUCAAUAACAAACUGUUGCAGGCUUUGCGAGCAACAGUGUCAUCACAUGAUUGAAUCAAUACCAUGAUGCUUUCUGGAUUCCAUCUUAAAUAAAUGUAUGAUUAUUCGAACAGGAUAAUGUUUAAUGAAGAAUACUGAAUCAACACUACAAUGAUGUGACAAAUUUUUGUGAGACUGUGUGACAUGUUUAUAGCAGCACUGAUUGUUGCGUUCGUACUUGGUGUUGUUAUCACAUUACUGGCACAGUUAUGGAUCAGUCACAGAUGGUUGUCAUACCAACCUCAGCUUUACCCUCCUUACAAACAACAACAUGAGAAAGCUGAACUACCACCAGUGUUACGACAAUCAGUGUAUGGUAUAAAGAGACAGCAUGGAUCACGGGGUGAUCUUGGAAGAGGUGCGGUCGUGGGUACCAAAAGUAUCGCCGAGGAGAGAAGGACUAGCAAAACAGUAAUAGAUGACAGGCGAGCCAGUAAGGUCGUGCCCGAUGAGAAAACUGCAGCAGUGACCGAUGAAAGAAAGCAAGAUCAAAAUUUGAUACUUAAUGUACUUUUUCAGUUUCUUUUUGCUGAGUUAAAGGAUACUGCUAGGGUGAGAAGAUGGGCUGCUAGAAAGAUGAAUGCAGAGUUUGAUGAAAUGUUGACAUCAACAGCUGGCAAACUAAUGAAUCAAAUACAGGUUCGAGAUUUUAACUUUGGGAGCAGUUUUCCUCUGGUAGACUCUGUGAAACUAAGGCAUGUUGAACUGUCUAAUGAUGAAGAUAUUAUACAGACAGUGGAUGUGGAGCUAGAUAUUGAUUAUGAAGGUGGUUUUCAGCUUACACUAGAUGUCGAUAUUAUAUUUGGUGCAUGGGCAUAUUUGUCUAUAUCUGUAACUAAACUUGCUGGACAAGGCAGGUUACAGUUAACAAGGGUACCAUUUACACACUGGUCAUUCUCAUUCUACGAGGAGCCAAGAAUGGAGUUUAACGUUGAUUCAAGGUUUAAUGGCCGUCCAAUUCCACAGAUUUCUUCACUUAUUGUAAACCAGAUAAAGCGGACAAUAAGAAAGAAACAUGUUUUACCAAGUUACAAGAUGAGAUAUAAACCUUUGUUUGUAAAACCUGAAGAAUCAUUUAUCAACCCUGAUAUAUGUUUCCACGGACACAAACUAGGACCAGGAAAGUUGUCAGUAAAGGUGCUAAAAUGUAGCAGACUGCAAGAGCUGUCAUCAGAAUGUAAACUGUACUGUACAUUAUCUGUUGACAAGGAGGAGAUAGAGGAAGUAUGGAAACAAAGUUGGGUAACUCUCGAGAUGACUAUGAAAAUAUUACCUAAUUCUGCAUUAGGAUUGAAUCUCAAAGAUCAAUUAUCAGGAGAUAAAACAGAGAAAAAGCGGGUAGUAGUGGAUAGUAUAAUAUUAGAUAGUCCUGCAGCUGAAGCUGGGUUACAAAGAGGAGACAUUGUAGAAACUAUUGGCAAUGUGAGAGUUCUGUCCAUUAAACAUGCCAUGAAACAACUGAAAAAUUCUACAGAAAAUGUUAUCAUUCGAGUUAAAAGACAUAGUAGUCUAGCAUUAGAUCGAGGCCUUUACAUUGUUCAGCAAGAUGAUAUAGAGAUUGAAGAGUCUGACAUGAAUGGAGAACUACAAGAUGAUAUAGGAGACUUUGUUAGCAUAGACUUCAAAAAUAAACGUUCUUCCUCCCUCAACACUGACAUACAACCCAGCCAACCUAACCAAGAAUCUGUGAAAUUCAGUGAAAAGUUAACAAAGAAAAUACAGUCGGGGAAGAAGAAAAUUCUUGGUUUGAAAGAUAAUGAUAAAGAUAAGGAGAGUGUUAAUAAAGAUAGGGACAGUGAUACCAAAUCAAUUACAACUGAAGAAGAAUCAGCAGGGGAUAAAAAUGUAAGUGAGAGUAUAUCUACACCAAAUCAUCUUCGUGAUGGAAGUCAGUCUGCUAAAUCGUCGCCACAGAAACAGGUUAUAGAAAUAAAUCGACAACGAGCUCACAGUGAUACAAGUCUAAAUAAGGUACAGCUAGGUGAUGGUGAUACUGGUAGUGCAUGUAGUGAUGCUGGUAGUUAUAGUAAACCUGAAUUACAACAUCGUAUAGGUGAAGUUAAUACAAGAGAUGUUCCUUUCUCACCAGAUCCAGAAUGGAAUGAAGAGUUUGAAUUUGACUGUAAAGAGGAAGAUCAGUAUGUGAAUGUAUGUGUAUGGUGUAAGAUUGCCCAGACAGAGAGGGCAUCUAAGAAUAUGUCUACCACGAACAAGACUGAAGGUCAGCAGCAAAAAAAUACCCCACCCACCGAUGAUCUCCCAUCAUAUAAUGUUACCACUAAAAUAGGAUAUGUGAGUGUUCCUCUGUCAGAUAUUACAGCUGGCUGUUUAUUAACAAUACAAGGUGACACUCAGUAUACCAUGUAUCUACAUCCACCGGAAGAAACUAUCACUGCAAGUCGUACAAAGUUACCGUAUUCCGGGCAUAUAGGAUAUGACAAGAGUAUCUGCCAUGGUGAUAUUACAUUGUCAUUUGUACACAAACCAUUCAAGACUGUAGAACCAAAUGUUAGAAAAGAGACAGUCAAAGAUGUGUUGAAUCCACCUAUUCAUAAGCUGAGAGCUCAGUCGUUAGAAAGAGAACAGUUAGAUGGGCAACAUAGAUUCAGAUCAUGUCAGUUUACCUCUAAAACUAUUUGUCAUUUCUGUGGCAAAAAGAUAUGGUUGAAAGGAGGUUUAAAAUGUACCUUGUGUAGAAUGGUGUGUCAUAAAAAAUGUGUGGAGAAAUGUAAUAUACAGACUAAAUGCUCAAG